CACUUCUGUAAAUGCCUGAACAUCAAGCUGUUUUUUAUUAGAUUACUUCCUCAUUUGUAAAAGCGAAAUCUACAGGUAAAGAUGCAGAUUUUCUUGGUCAUGUUUUUACCUGGAUUUUACCUGUUUUUUGUAUUGGAUCUAAUAAAAUUGGUCAAAACGAUGAACCCUAUAUUCUACCCUUGUGACAAUACCACCAUCAGCGAUGGAACCAUCCAUGUAGACUGCAAACGAAGAAACCUUACAAGUAUCCCUAAGUUUACAUCCCUUUUAAUCAUCUCAUUAAACCUGGAUGAAAAUCAUGUAGAUCAAGUAAAAAGCGAUGAUUUCUCAAAUAUUCCUAAUCUUCAGCAUCUAAGUUUAAUGUGGAACUGUUUGCCUGGUCGUCUCAAGGCAUUAAAAUUACCUUCAUGCCAAGUGCUUAUUGACCAUGAUGCUUUUGUUAAUCUCAAGAAUUUGAGCUCACUUCAGUUGGCAGGAAAUAGUCUCAAGUCUAUUCCUCUUCUACCCCAGCACCUUGAGGUCUUAGGAUUAGAAUUUAACAACAUCUUCCGCAUUGAACAAUCCCUAGGAACACCUUUUCUCAAACAACUGCUUCUUGCCAAGAAUUGCUACUAUGCCAACCCCUGUAAUGAGUCAUUUUUUAUUGAUGAAAGGGUGUUUCAAGAUUUACCCAAGCUGCAGAACCUCACCCUUGGCUUUAAUAAUAUGACCUCCAUACCCACACAAUUGCCACCCUCACUAAGAAGUCUAGACUUGGGUGAAAACAGAAUCACAGAGAUCCAGGAAGGCUCUUUUACAAACCUCACUGAACUCUUUUUUCUUAACCUGGACUGGAACUGCCAAAGGUGUGAUAAUGCAGCUAGACCGUGUUUUCCUUGCCCAAAUAAUGCAUCCUUAGGGCUGCCUAACCAAGCCUUUUAUGGGCAGAGAGACUCACUUGUUGAACUUCAUCUACGGGGAAACUCAAUCCGUUCUAUUCCGAAAAAUCUUUUUGUACAGCUAAAGAAAUUAAAAAAACUUGACCUCUCAGACAAUUUCCUCGCCUACAGCAUCCGUAAUGGCACGUUUUAUGAAGAACUUCAAGGUGUUGAGUCCCUGAUACUUCGCUAUAAUUAUCAACCUCUGAAAACAUUUUCAGAGCUAAUACUAUCACCCUCUAUUAGCAAAAUGAAGUCCUUGAGGUAUCUUUAUCUAAGUGGGGUUUUUUUUCAUCAGUUGUCAAAUAAUAGUCUUAUGCCUCUGUUUAACCUACCACAGCUUGAGUAUCUUGACCUGAGGAUGAACUUCAUGAAUUAUUGCAGUGUAUCUGCCUUUAAACAUCUGAGGUCACUGAGGACAGUUCUGCUUUCACAGAACAUGCUAACCAUCAACCCAUACUACAAAUCAAGCUCUAGUGAGGCUCUAAGCCUGGAUAGAUAUCAAAAGGAUGACCACCUGGAUCUUCAAGACAUGCCUGCGUUUGAGUCAGAGCUUCAGAUGAACGAUUUGCACUGUACUGACAAAGAAUGCCCCAAAAGUUAUUCAAUGGUAAAUUUUCAAAAGGGUUUCUGUAAAAGAGAACUCUGUUUUGACUUAUCACAAAACAAUAUCCUGUGGCUAAAUGCAAAUACUUUCAAGGGAAUGGAGAAAACUGUGUGCUUGGACCUAUCAUAUAACUAUAUGAGUCAAGCUUUAAAUGGCCAGCAGUUCUUGCCCCUUACCAAACUAGUAUUCCUCAACAUGGCAUACAACCGUAUUGACCUUUAUUUCAAUGAAGCAUUCCAGGAACUAAGGAGCACACUUAAAGUUCUUGAUCUCAGCAACAAUGAAUUUCAUUUUCAAAUGAAGCAAAUAGGCCACCGCUUAGAUUUCAUUAAGAACUUGACUUCACUUGAAGUUCUUAGUUUAGCAAACAAUAAAAUUGGAUUGCGAAUCUCCAACACUCUUUAUAGUGCAUCCCUAAAGUGUCUGUUAUUCUCUGGAAAUCGUUUAGACAUCAUGUGGGACACCAGAAGAGAUCAGUACAUACGAUUCUUUCAGGGGUUGACAAACCUUACCUACCUGGACAUUUCUGACAAUCAGCUUAAAUCCUGUUCACCAGCAGCAAUUAUUAACCUUCCUCCAAGUAUUCGUGUGCUCAGAAUGGACUCAAACUCUCUGAAUUACUUUCCCUGGGUCAAUAUCUCAGUUCUCAGUCAACUGUGCUAUCUGAACCUUAGUGGAAACUUUCUUUAUAACUUACCAGACACUGUUAUCAACUUUGGCAUUAAGCUUAAGAGCCUGGACCUCAGUCAUAACCAUCUAAGCGCCAUUCCAGAGUCUUUCUUCAGCCAAGCCACAGGUCUAGAAGAACUGAUGCUUAAUCACAAUCAGUUAAAGAUCAUAGACAUGCAUGCCUUACCACCAUUAUUACAGAAAGGCAAUACAAUUUGUGCCACUGCAAAGACCUCAUGCAGGCUAACAUUGCAUGCUAACCCUUUCACAUGUAGCUGUGCUACUUCCUGGUUUACUGAUUUUCUGAGAUCAAGUCCUGUGGAUAUCCCACACCUCACUACGGAUGUUCGCUGUGGUUUUCCUGAAUCACAGGCAGGAGUAAAUGUCCUUUCCAUUGAUCCUCGCUCCUGUCAGGAAAUAUUUGGCAAUGUUUCCUUCCUUUUUACAUUUCUUCUUACUAUUGCAGCAAUUGCUGUCCCCCUUUUGAAGCAUCUUUAUGGCUGGGACCUGUGGUACUGUUUUCAGAUAUUGUGGGCAGGACACAAGGGUUACACUUCACUACACGAAAACAAUAUGACCAAUGAGCAUGAUGCAUUCGUGGUGUUUGAUACAAAGAACAAGGCAGUGAGCGAUUGGAUCUACAAUGAGAUGUUGAUUAACUUGGAAAGCAGAGGAAGAUGGAAAUUACGGCUCUGUCUGGAGGAACGGGAUUGGGUACCAGGAUUAUCAUGCAUUGAGAAUCUACACAAUGCAGUGCACAACAGCAGGAAAACAGUGUUUGUGCUGACUAACCAGGGUGGCUCUGCUUCUGUGAAUGGUGUAAUAAAGCAAGCUUUCCUUCUGGUGCAGCAGAGACUGUUGGAUGAGAGAGUGGAUGUUGCAAUUUUAGUCCUCCUGGAUCCUCUUUUCCCCAAACUCAAGUACCUGCAGAUGAGAAAGAGGCUCUGCAAAAAGUCAGUUCUUUCCUGGCCUAAGAACCCUCGUGCCCAUCCUCUCUUUUGGAAUGACUUGCAUAUUGCUCUUGCAUCUGACAAUGUGAGAUCUUAUGAUAAAAAUGUCACAGAGAGCUUCUUAUCUAAUGAGAUUUUUUAGAUAAAGGAGGCAGGAUGUAAUAAUGUACCCUAAAUAUGCUAAGCAAUUUAGAUGACUUUACAGAAUACGUUUUUUUUUUCAAAAUACUGUAUGUUGUUUAUUUACAUAAAUUGAAAAGUAUGCAAACGACAACUGAAAACAAAUAAUAUCUUUUGUUGAAAAUAGUGAGCAAUGCUUAUCUCGGAUGCAGGAAUGAACCAGGUCACUUAAAACAUGCAUUCAUUUACAACAAAGUAUAGCCAAUCCACCAGCUUGUUUUUGAUAAUUGGAAAAAGACUACAGUACAUGGAGAAAAUCUACAUGGAGAUCAUUCAACACACCUCACAUUUACAUUUACAUUUAGGCAAUUGGCAGUCGCUCUUAUCCAAAAGUGCUUUGCGUACAACCUCACAUAUACAGUGAUAAAUUGCUCGCUGUAUCAUCCGGAGAUCGCGAGUUCGAUCCCCAGGUGAUGCUGUAACCUCUCGCAGCCGGAGGUCUAGAGAGAGCGGAUUGGCCGAGCUCUCUCAGGGGAGGGAUGAAAGGUAUUUAGUGCUCCCACAUUAAUCAAGGCUCUACAGCCAAUCAGUGGCGUCUGUGAGCUUUCGCAUGCGGAAGAAGUGGAUAGCGCUGUCCUCCGAGUGUGUUACACCGCUUCCAAAGAUGCAUGAGCAAGCAGUUCUAAAAAAGCAAUGACAAUGGUCUUCGGCCCUUCCGCCUGAGGUGUAGUGACUUAAUAUGGGAGCUCCUAGUGGCGGGAAGGAAUUGGACAUGGCUAAAAAUAGGAAAAAAAAUCUGAAAAAAAACAAAACCUUAAUAAAAGGUAAAGAUAUACGAGAAGUACGCAUGCACUUUCUCUAACGAGAAUCAUGUGAUUACAACUAAGACAAUGAUUUUUCUCUCUUGCGUGCUACGGGAUUAUGCGUAAUCGUCUCCCAUGCUCAGUUUCAGUGUGCGUGUUUUACUUGUAUAGACAACAUGUGUGCACGUCUGUACUGUUUAUUAUAACAUUGUGACCACGUAAGUGUCAUAAGCGGUUCCUUAUUUAAAGAUUCAGAGUAUUUCUCUUCUCGUCUUACUUUAUCUUUACACACAAAGUCACAAACACAUACUAAUGGAAACACUGCUCUGUCGGAUUCUUUUCAAAUGGGAUACCCUUUAAAGGUUAAUUUGUUUUAUUAUUACUUUAUAUUUUGUUUUCAUUAUUUAUAUAUUAAUAUUUUUGGGUUGUGGAACGAAUCGUCAUACAGUAAUUCGUGGAGCGAAAUAUGCUCGCAAUUCAAGGUUUGACAGGUAGUAGUAACAGGAAUCCAGAGCUGCUGUGCCACUAAGAUACCCACAAACUUGGCAUCUUUUACUUCCUUUUUAAAAUAUUCUUGAAGAUUUGUUAUGUUUUGCUAUUCCUUUGGCUUAUGAUUAAUAUAAUAUAUUACUGGUACACAAGCAUUUUUGCAUGUUACUGAAAAUGCUUUACCAGCUUUAUGUCAACAUAAUGUACUCUAAAUAUUUUGGAUAUAUAAUAUGACUGUGUAAAAGAUUAUGUACAGUAUAAAACACAUUGUUCAGCCAUAACGUUAUAAUGCAAAACAUUAAGCCCAAUAUUGUGUUGGUUCCCAAGGUCAGCAUUGACCCUUGGGGGAUCAGAUACAUGGGGUGGGUCCCCCGUGGAUCACACUUGUUUGUCCAGCGCAUUCUAUGGAUGCUUGUUUGGAUUGGGAUCUGGGUAAUUUGGAGGCUGUAUGAACAACCUUAAACUCUGCAUUGGGUGUUCUGAUCCAUUUCUGUAGUGGCAGCCAGUGGCGGCUGGUGCAAACUUUUUUUGAGGGGGCAAACAAAAUUAAAAUUAAACUUUUAAUAAUUGGCUGUAAAUAGUCAUAAGAAGUGCUGGAAAAGCACCAAAUGUAAGCUCGGCCACAAUUACUUGACUGCUGCUUAGUUAGAAGAUCAGGUCCAUCUGGUCCAAGCUCUUUAACUUUUUUUCUUUCUUCGUAUGAUUGCCUUGCGAAGGGGUAUUUUAGCAAAGAAGUUUCCGCUCAUAUUUAGCUGACUUCCACGUCAAUCACUAUUCAAUACAUUAACUAACAAUCUGCUAACCGUUAAUAAGACUUGUUGAGAAUGGUCCAAUCACAUGAGCCCAAAAAUUUAAAAACAAUAUUGAUUCGCUAAGAACAAAAGUGGCAGGGUUCGGGCCGCACAGUGCUGCGCCCCAAGGAUGAUUUUAAAAAAUCCAAUUAGAGCUCAGCCUCAAAUCACAUGCUUUUUAAAAAAAUUCAUGUGCCUACAUAGAUACUUGGUUGUCCGGCGCCCCACAUACACGAACACAAAUGAACGUAGUACAGUUUAGAUUUUUUUUCUAUUAUAAAUAAAUUAUGUUAAGAAAUACAGUGGGAUAUUGUGACUUAAUGACUUUAUUUCAUUAUUAAAAUAAAUAAAUAUCAUGUUUAAUAAUUUCAUGUUAAAGUAGCGUUCUUCUCUGCCCACCGUAGCUUUAAAGGGGCGGCGCCCCAGCACCCCUUAUUCACCAGCCGGCACUGGUGGCAGCAUUGACUUUGUUUCAGCCAUUUGUGCUAAAUUGACUUUUCUGUAGGAUUAGAACAGACGGGCUAGCCUUUGGUCCCCACAUGCAGAGAUGAGCCUUGGGUGCCCAUGAUCCUGUCACCAGUUUACUGAAUAAGUGAUCAUAAAUUUAAGUCAAUUUACCUGUUGGUGUUGUGGCUGAUUAUGUGUUUCUCUAUAUUGAAAUUCAUUUUAAGAUCAAUUAAAAUAUAUAUUUGUCAU